AUGCCACCUCGUUCAGCCGCGAUAGACUGGGAGGUGCUGAAGCCAAGGGUCCUUAAACUCCUGUCUGAAGGCAAAAGCCAAAGUCAAUCGCAGCUGGAGUAUCAACUCAGGCUCUGGGGUCGUCGCACCAAUCUCACGGAAGCAGCGUGGAGGUUCGCUGACUACACGAUGAAAAAGAGGGCAGAGAACAAGAAAGACAGUUCCCUCUUUCUCAACGGCACCUCCAUACCGCGUGCCAAAGUCAUCAAGGAAACCAGGCGAUACAACGUCCCGACGCUUCUCGCUGCACCUGCUGGCAACCCCAAAUGUCCAGAAGGCUUCGACCUGGUGAUUUGCACCCCACCUGCAUCACCAGAGCCUACCUGUGACCUUAUACGAGCUUCGACACAGGCGCACAGUUCUUUGCGCUACCCCAUGCAGGCGUUAUUGUCAUUGCCGUGGCUGCGAUUCAGGCAAAAAUUACUAAGAGACUUCUCAUUGACAUCUGCUGACUCAAAUGUCGAUGUCCUGGAUGUAACUCAAGCCGGCUAUCCGACACAGUCUCAAUCAGAGGUCGCCCUGGGUGCCCUGCGUAAUGCGCCAGUGUAUCGUGGCGGGACAGUUCCGCUCUAUAGAGCCAAAUUUGAACAGGAGCUCUACAGUCGCUACGUUACAAUGCCGGAGUGGCCAGAAGAUGUUUGGACUGCCGAAAUGCAAGCCGUCACUAAGGAGGCGCUCUAUGAUGCUCAGCUCUUCAGCAUCCUCGUAUUCCAGAUAUCAAACAACCUCAUGUAUAACGCCAUUCAUGGCAAAUCCAAAUUGCGUUCCGACACACGCCUUCUAGGACAUGAACUGAAGAGUAUCGUCUCAUUCAGAUCGAUUUGGGAGAGUCUCCUUAAAGCAGGAGAAGAAGUGACAUUGAGAGCAUUGAUUGAAAAGCUCUUCAGUUUCUCAAUCAUCCGCAAUGAUGCUGACCUGGCGGUCCUGCUGCUUCAGAGUGGGGCAGACCCAAACCAGCGCAUUGUGUGCGAGGACAAUCCCGAAGGUCUCUCCGCCCUUGACUAUGCACUUCGAUGGCAACGCGAUGGUCUCAUCAACCUCCUACUUGACUCGGGCGCCGUCUUUGGCCAGGAGAGCUUGAGGCUUGCCAUCAUCAACGGACAUAUCCACACUGCAGAUCGCAUGCUGCAGUCCGAUCCAUCUCUUGAUUUGGACUUCAAUCAUCUUGGUGACCCAAACAAAUCAAACCGAAGAUACCCAGAGGUUGAUAGCAUAAGUGUAUUGGGCACUGUGUGCAUCCACCCAUCUCUGUGGGACAAUUGUCGGUGCAGAAAGACAGCGACGAUGAACCAUGAUGACAACUGUCCAAUGAGCAAAAGCAUCGGCAUUUUGAAAUAUCUGAUACGAAAGGGGGUUACAAUAACCCUAGAGACAAUGAUUCUGGCUUCAAGUUGUGUUGAUCUCAUCACGCUCGAUCUUCUGUUGCAGCAUGGUGGGAAUGUGAGCGGAUUGAAUCGUUUCGGCUCCUCAUGUCUAGCGGCAGCCUUUCUCAGAGACAAGCUGGAUGUCGACAUCGUGAAAUUACUCAUUAGCCGAGGGGCAACCAUCAACAUCCCUCCAAUUCACGCCUCAUACGGAAUCCAAGAAUCGCCUCUGCAUUCCUUAUGUUCGCGUCCGCCUGGUAUGGAUGAGAAACAGGUUCGCAGCAUUAUUGCUUUACUUGUAGAUGCAGGUGCCGACCUCGAAUAUCGUGUCCAACGCUACGCAUUUUCGUCGGAACAUAUUCUUGAAAGUGUUGGAUGUUUAGGGGAUGGGUUUCUGGAAUACUGCGUACCGCAUGCACCCGAGUCUGUCCACUCUACACGGGCUCGGAUUGCAGAGACCAGUGCAGAGAGUCCGUUGGAAUAUUCCAUAAUCGCAAAGAACGAAGAAGUUGCUCUUGAGCUUCUCAAUCGAGGUGUCGAGAUUACGGGCCAGGAGACCGCAUUAGCGGCGGAAUUCGGAAUGCUUCUCUUGCUGAAAGAAUUGCUCAGACAUGCCCGGUGGGAGUCUAACAUGGAACGACUCAGGACAACUUGUUUGAAACUCGCCAUCAAAUAUGGCCACGAUGGGAUUGUGCAAUUCCUCUUUGGAGAGGGAGUCGAGCUGGAGGAAGACAUUGCAUGUGCCUUUCAAGGUCGGGGGGCAUCAAAGUUGUCGACGCAAACCCAGAUCAAACUUCUGCAUGCGUUGCCAGAUCUGGAACGGUUGCAAGUCUCCGGCCAAUCAUUGCUGCAAUGUUGUCUUCGAGAUUUCACUGAAGAUGCAUUGCGGUAUACCCUCAGUCGAAUGUCUGCGGCCUAUGAUUCCGGGGCGCUUUGUGCGGCCAUCUUACGCGUGCUGCAGCACGACGCGAUGGGCCGAGCUUUUUUAGGUACUCCAGAGAUCAAAGCCUUGGCAAGUCGACGCACAGUAAUCAAUUGCGACUGCGAGAAAGAGAACACGACCUUGCUGAUCACCGCAGCAUUUGGGCAUUCUGUGGUUUUGCGCAUGCUUAUCACUCCGGGUACACCUCGCCAGGUGAACACUGCGUGGCUCGCGAGGGAAGUCCUGAUCACCUGUUUAGAGAGCGGAGGUGUGAUCAUACCAUACCGAUGGCCUACGUAUACUGAGGUAUUUCCAGCAGAGGUAGACAUGCACCCGGGCUGCGAAGACUGGGUGAAGUGCUCUCCACUGGUGGGAGUAGCCAUGGCAGCGGAUGAACAACGUGCUGGGGAUAUAAUGGAUUGUUUACUGGCCUGUUCUUACGAGCCCGACGCAUUGACGGUUAUUGUAGCUGUUGCUGCACACCGCAUGGCUUUUCUCCAUCGACUACAACAACUCAGCGCGUGGCGCAGCCUUGUGAGCAUAGAUGAUCACUCGCGGCCAGCCUGGUGUCCAACUGCGCUUCAGAUGGCCGCCCACAAUGGAGAUUGGGACGUUGCGAUGAUGCUUCUAGAGGCCGGUGCCAACGUCAACGAGGAGCCACCGAAGCAUACGGACCGCCUGAAGCUUUUGCCGCGAACUGCCUUACAAGCUUCAGUGGACCGAGGGGAUCUAAACCUAGUCAACCUUUUCCUAGAGCAUGGAGCUUCCAUUGACGCACCAGCAGCAAAGAGUAACGGUGCCACCGCUCUCCAGCUUGCUUGUAUGCGUGGGUAUCUGGGCAUUAUACACCGCCUUCUGGACCUUGGGGCCGAUCCAGAUGCUAGAGGAGCACAGUACCACGGCCAUACAGCCUUAGAAGCAGCCGCAGAAUAUGGCCGUGUCGAUACGCUUCAGCUAUUGCUGAACUACGGCGCAAGCACGGAUGGGCCUCACAUAACGCAAUACAUGAAGGCUGUACUGCGCGCCAAGCGGAACGGACACUAUGCAGCUGCGGCACUAUUGAAGGAGCACAGAGAAUGGAGCGCUGAGGACGAUGAAUGCUACAGGAGCUUAGAAUCAUAUGAGUGGCGUGAUGAUUGA